UCGGGAUUAGAGUUGCAGGUGAAUAUUAUCGUCAGCACUUUCUCAACUGUUCUGUUGCUCUCUCCCUGGCUCCAAAUUCAUCAAUGGCGGAAUCAUCCUCAAUCCGUUUCGGAAUCCUUGGUUGUGCUGAAAUUGCCCGCAAAGUAUCUCGAGCCAUCCUUCUAUCUCCAAACUCAACCCUUCAUGCCAUUGGUAGUCGUUCCAUUGAAAAGGCUCAAAACUUCGCCAAAUCCAAUGGAUUCCAUCCUUCUACUAAGAUCUACGGGAGCUAUGAUGAAGUUCUUGAUGACCCAGAAGUUGAUGCUGUUUAUGUGCCAUUACCCACUAGUCUUCAUCUGUAUUGGGUAGUUCGUGCUGCCCAAAAGAUGAAGCAUGUUCUUCUUGAAAAACCUCCUGCUUUAAAUGUCAAAGAAUUGGAUAUGAUUUUAGGUGCUUGUGAUUCAAAUGGGGUUCAAUUUAUGGAUGGUACAAUGUGGAUGCAUCAUCCCAGAACUAAGGUUAUGGCUGAUUUUUUGGCCGAUAAUCAGCGUUUUGGUCAGCUUAAGACUGUACAAUCAUGCUUUACCUUUGCUGGUGAUGAUGACUUCCUCCAAAACGACAUUCGAGUGAAACCCGAUCUCGAUGGCCUCGGUGCUCUUGGUGAUUCUGGUUGGUACUGCAUAAGAGCAAUUCUGUGGGCUGCAAAUUAUGAACUACCAAAGUUUGUGACGGCAUUGAGGAACCCGACUAAAAAUGAUGCAGGGGUGCUGCUAUCCUGCGGUGCCUCUUUGCAAUGGGAAGAUGGCAAAGUAGCCACUUUCCACUGCUCUUUUCUAGCCAACUUAACAAUGGACAUAACUGCUAUUGGAACUAAAGGCACCUUGCAUGUCAAUGAUUUCAUUAUUCCUUACAAAGAAGCCGGAGGCUCGUUUUCGACAGUCUCUAAAGCUUGGUUCACUGACAUGGAUUUGGAAUGGGACCAGAAACCGAGUCAGCACAUCGUGACUGCAGACUUUCCGCAAGAAGUUGGUAUGAUAAAAGAGUUUUCAGCUUUGGUUGACGGUAUAAAACGACAGGGUAUCGCACCCAACAAGAAGUGGCCUACGAUUACCAGGAAAACACAACUUGUAAUUGAUGCCGUUGUUGCCUCCAUUGAUAAAGGCUUUGAGCCGGUUGAGAUUUCGUAAAAUGUAGAGCUUGUGCUGCUGUUGCCUGUUGACUUGUUUGAUUUUUCAAUCACACUCUAAUUAUUGUGAGUUGUGAAGAAUAAAUGGGAUCAGCAUUUUGUAAAAGCCUCAAAAACUAGAGGUGACUAUUGCUUAUUGGGUUAGAUUAAUUUUGGAUUUUGAAUGUACAUCAACAUUUUAAUUUGAUUUUA